AUGCCGAGAUCCAGGGGCUCCGAGCUGCCACCGCAGCGGGCGUCGCCCCGCGCGCCGCUGCACCUCAAGACCACGGCGUCGUCGGACUCCAACGGCGCGCACCACCGCUCCGUCCUCGACCGGACCAGCCCCAAGCUCGCCGCCGACAGGCACUCGCCGCGCAGCCCGCUGCCCGAGAAGAAGCGGGCGGGGACGCGGGUGGCGGAGCUGGAGACCAAGCUGGGCAAGGUGCAGGACGAGCUCAAGAAGCUGCGGGAGCAGCUCGUCUCCGCGGAGGCCGCCAAGAAGGACGCCCAGGUCGCGCUCGAGGAGGCCAAGAAGCAUGUCGGCACCAAGGGGAGCCCCAAGCCGUCCGCAUCUCCUCCCUCUCCCUCUCCCACUCCCGCUCCCGUAGCGCUCGAAGAAGAGCAGAAAGCUGAUGAUGUAAAGGCUCCCGAACCGCCUGCGCCGGCGGCAGAGGAGGAACAGGAGGAGGAGAGCAGCAUUAACUCCCCGGCGACCGACGUGUUCGAGGUCGUCCGGACGGAGUCGGGCGACAAGGAGAACCAGGCCGCGCCCGUCGCCGAGGACGGCGAGGAGGUGAGCUGCGGGGACAAGCCGGCGGCGGUGCUGGCGCCGGCCGAGGAGGACGUGGAGGUGGAGGAGACCAAGACCAUGAUCGAGGAGGCUGGCAAGACCAACAACGCCUCCGCAGCCGCCCCUGCAGCCGACGCCAAGGAGAUCCCAGAGAAGGUCGCGGAGCUCAAGGCCCAGCUAGCCGCCAGGGAGAUGGAGGUGGCCGUCCUCGCGGCCGACAACGCCGAGCUCAAGAAGCUCGCCGCCGCGGCCGCGGAGGCGGCCAGGACGGCCGAGGAGGACGCCGCGGCGAAGGCGUUCCUGGUCGAGCAGGAGCUGAGGGAGAGCGCGGCGCGGGAGGCGCGCAUGGGCGAGCAGCUCAGGGCGGCCGACGCCGCGCGCGAGGCGCUGGAGGCCGAGAUGCGCCGCCUGCGCGUGCAGACGGAGCAGUGGCGCAAGGCGGCCGAGGCGGCCGCCGCGGUGAUCGGCGGGGACGCGCACCUCGUCGGCCACCACGGCGGUAAUGGCAACGGGUGGGGCUCCCCCGCGACGAUGCCGGACGACGGCGACGACGAGGGGUUCGGCGGCAAGCGGAAGGGCGGCUUUUACUCCAGAGAGGAGCUACCCCACCCUGCUGCACCUAACACUAUGAGACAAGGACAGCUUGCUCAGAAAUUGCUAGCUUUGCAGCAGGAGAAGAUGAAAGCUCUGGAGGAGAAGAAGCAGGCAAUUCUAGAAGCUAGGCUGGCAGCUCAGGUGAAGAAAGCAGAAGAUGCUGCAGCCAAGAGAAUUGAGCAAGAGAAGAGAAAGGCAGAGCAAGCAGCAGCUAGGGCAACUGAACAAGCAGCCAAGAAGGAGCAGAGGAGAAUUGAUGCAGAAAACCAGAGAAAGGCAAAGGCUGAGACCAGGAAGUUCAUUGAGGAGGUUAGGAAGGAACAAGCAGCCAAGAGGAGGCAGGAAGCACUGGAGAAGAAGCAAGCAGAGAGAGCAAAAGAGAGGGCUGCAAAGAGACAAGAAAAGCAGCAAGAAGCACAAGACAGGGCUGAACUAAUGGCUACACUAAGGUCUGCUCAAUCCAGCAAUGAUGAAGUGGAUGAACAUGCAGAUGCUUUUGUCACCCAACCAGUGCAAAAAGUGAACAUGUUUGAUGAGUUUAGGCCUCCUAGGAGGAAGUAG